AUGUUUCUUUCCAACAACACACAAUUCCACCCUUCCUCCUUCCUUCUGAUGGGGAUUCCAGGGAUGGAAGAUGUGCACAUCUGGAUUGGCUUCCCCUUCUUUGCAGUGUAUCUGAUAGCCCUCCUGGGGAACAUUACUAUCCUGUUUGUGAUCCAGACCGAGAACAGCCUCCACCAGCCCAUGUUCUAUUUUCUGGCCAUGUUGGCCGCCACUGAUUUGGGCCUGUCCACAGCCACCAUCCCGAAAAUGCUGAGCAUCUUCUGGUUCAACCUCAGGGAGAUUGCAUUUGUUACCUGCAUCACACAGAUGUACACCAUCCAUAUAUGCACAGGUUUAGAGUCUGUGGUGCUGACUGUUAUGGCCAUAGACCGCUAUGUUGCCAUUUGCAAUCCUCUAAGAUAUAGCAUGAUCCUCACCAACAAGGUGGUAGGCAUUCUUGGCAUAGUCAUCAUCUUGAGGACUUUGAUGUUUGUGACUCCUUUCGUAUUUCUCAUCCUGAGAUUGCCUUUCUGUGGUGUCCGGAUUAUCCCCCAUACCUAUUGUGAACACAUGGGCUUGGCAAAGUUAGCUUGUGCCAGCAUAAGAGUCAAUGUCAUCUAUGGCAUGAUUGCUUUCUCCGUGGGAUACAUUGACCUUUCUGUGAUUGGAUUUUCCUACGUUCAAAUCCUCCGAGCAGUCUUCCGACUUCCAUCCUGGGAAGCUCGGCGUAAGGCACUCAGUACCUGUGGCUCUCAUGUUUGCGUGAUGUUAGCAUUCUACCUGCCAGCUCUCUUCUCCUUCAUGACACAUCGCUUUGGACACAAUAUUCCUCAUUAUAUCCAUAUACUUUUGGCCAAUUUGUAUGUGGUUGUCCCCCCUGCCCUUAACCCUGUUAUCUAUGGGGUUAGGACUAAACAGAUAAGAGCGAGGGUUCUAAGGAUGGUUAACCCUAAAAGUCAUUGA